UUUUUGUCUCGAAAACAGCGAAGACUCGUCAGUCUCCAGCAUGGCGACGAAGCUCUUUACUCGCUCCCGCCUCCUCUCCAAGCCUCAGCGAGGCCUCGCCUCCCUCCUCUCUCGCUCCCGCUACUUCUCCUCCGCUCCCGCCUCCGCGCCUCGCUACCCUCCCUUCCUCCCCUCCCUCCUCCGCUAUCGCCUCCGCCCUCUCUCCGCGGCCUCCGCGGAGUUCCAUGGCCGCCUCGCCGCGGCUUCUUCCGCCCGUGCCUUCGCGACUAGGGCGACCUCUUCGUGGCUCAACGAUCAGGGGCCCAACCGUUGGAACCAACAUUUGCACUUUGCCAUAAUGCUGAAAAGGUCGGACGAUAAGGCUGGCGAGAUCCUACCGGACGAUAAAGCUGGCGAGAUCCUGGAUACUUGUGUUAAGUUCCUUGCGGGGGCUGUUGGAGGUGAAGAAGUUGCCAGAAGGAAGAUCAACUCAGUUAUAGUAGGGCUCCACCACUUUAUAUUUAGAGCUCCUCUAUCCAAAGACCAUAAUUCCAACCUCCUAAGGCUGGGAUAUAUACCACAAUCUACUCAUAUGUACCUGGGCAAGUAUAAUGAAUAUGUGGGCGAAACUGUUAUUUUCGCGCCAACUGGAACUUAUGAGUGGAAUGGGCAUGAUGAUCAACCCCGUAAUUUGAACAGAUCGAGGAACUUUGAAAGGGGGAAAAAUAUGCAGAACAGAAAUUUCCGAGCCAGGGACAUGCCACCUAUACAUAACCAAGGGAUGCAGAACCCUCCACCUCUAGGAAUCAUGCUUCCACCAAAUAUGGGCAGUGGAAUCCCCCAAGGAUUACCUUUGCCGGAAUGCCUCUGCCCAGCCACCCUGGAUGCCCCUAAGCAACUCAUAUUUGGGCAUGCGCUUAUUACAAUUCCAUCUAUAUCGUUCAAGAAGCUGUUCGCUGACCGGCCAGGCCCGUCGGAACCUGGAAAAGGAGGAGGACUUAUUUAUCGACAUAGUGUAUCCUGACCAAGCCGACUUAUUGCAUUGGCUGGUCGUAAUGGAGGGGCCGGAGGGCGAUCCUACUAGAGAUGAGAUCAUCAAUACUUAUAUUAAGACGGUUGCGCAGGUUGUUAAAAGUGAAGAAAAAGCCAGGAGUUGGAUCUACACUGUUGAUACAGGGCCCUACUACUUUGCAUUUGGAGUCAACGUAUCUCCAAAGCGUGCUUUCAAACUUGCUGGUCUGCCUAGAGUUCGAUGGGUUGUUGCUGAUGCGUACCUGCCUCUGAGGAAAGGUUAUGGGGCAUGGAAGCUUUGAUCUUCUAAUUCUGCCAUGAACUUUGCAUCCUGGAGAUUACAUUCUCUCAUUUAUGAAAACCGCUGUGCUUUGUUGACCAAAGCAUGAGGCAAUUGUGCUGCUGCGAUCUUUGUUCUUGGCCGACUAUACGUGCUUGGCUUUUAUUCGGGCAAGUUUUGCACGUGAUCUAUUAUGUUAAUUGGUAUUUAAAUAUAGUGAUUAAGACAAUUGUUUAGCAGAUAAGUUUGCUUAAUGGAAACGUGUUUAGAAAGAUAAAAGUUUGUUCCAACUGCAUAUCUACCCAAGUUUGGCUUGGGGAUGGACAAAAGUGUCAUAUUUGGCCAUUGUGGUUAAUAUAUGAGUUUACGUA